CUACGGCCACGUCAUAUGCGUGCGUCCGUGUGUGUUUUUCUCCUGUGUUGUUGUCAAAGAAGGAACAAUGUUGUUGCUCGCUGCUAGGAUUUAUAGUGUGACGUCACGGUGGGCCACUGAGCGCCUCUGAACAUCAACACCACACUCUAAUGUAGCCCAGACGCGUGGAGAAGAGAAGCAUGGAGGUGGUGGACAGUCCGGUAAAUCUGGCCCAUCAGCAGUGCAGGAAGGCAGACCGCUUGCUUGCUGCUGGGAAAUAUGAAGAGGCUAUCUCAUGCCACAGAAAGGCUGCAGAACUGCUGAAAGAGGGCAUGAAGCUCACCGAGUGUGAACAGGCUCGCCUGUCUUUAGAGCUGCAGCUAAACAGUCACGUGAAGCAGCAGAGGUUGAUCGAGGAGCGCUGGAGGAGAGCAAAGCGGGAAAACAAGCCCAGAGUGCUUCAGGUGCCCCCUCACUCGUCCUCCGAGUCCGUCCCUGAGCUGAGCUCCUCCUCCUGUCCCGAGCGCGAGUACGACACCUGGCUUUACCUGCUGAGAAACCGAAGCUCAACCGGCGCCGCUCUUGAGCCGACCUCGGGCACCAAGGCCCUCAAAGACGACAAGACACGCCUGGAGGAGCAGCGCACCACAAUCGAGGACCUGCGCCAGCUCCUGGAGCGCCUGUUAGCCGAGAACGAGCGGCUGACGAAGGAAAACGAUCGUUUGCGCCAGGAGAACGCACGCCUGCGCAGGGAGAGCGAUGCCGACACGCACCUGGUGGACAGCUCAGAGCUCUGGCAUUUUCCUUCAGCACCCGACCAGCGCAAUCCUGCGGGUAUCACCAUUCCACACCUGCCCCCGCUCGAGAUGCCCCCUCACGAGAUCCCUCUAGAGGAACUGCCAGCGCUCGAGCUCCCCGAAGACAUCCAGCACGAGCUGCAGGAGCUGCUGGAUGGAGAGAAGAUGUGAGCAAACACACACUCGCUCACCAAAAGGGAAAACCGAAACGAAACAAACCGGCGGCAUCAGCGCAGUCGCGCCGCUCGGGUUCCUGACUGCGGUGACGAGCGCAUAGAAACGACUUGUUCUCAAGCGUCAGAUGCUUUACAGCUUCUCCAUCUCGCUCUCUUUCGAAACAAUCCGAGGUACUGCAGAUAUUUGGUUACGGAAAAGGACUUUGCAGGUCUCGUGCCUUUUUUUUUUUUUUUUUAAAGUAUUUCCAUCUUGUAAUUAAAGUCUAAGGAGAAUAAAUCUCUCAUGGUUAAAGCCGUGAUCUUCUGACCAGCUCUGAGAGCGCAUGACUGAGUUGUUUUUUGGGAAAAUAUCAAAGCCUGGAUUUCACCUGGGCAUCUCAAAGAACCCACUUUAUCCCAAACACGGACAGCUAACACUGUGAAGUGUGUGUGUGUGUGUGUGUGUGUGUGUGUGAGCGAGCGAGCGAGAGAACAUGCAUGUGUUUUUUAACGAAGACUUUUUUCCGAUUUCGUUAUUUCACGGUGGCAUGCGGGAAAAAGCUCGAACUCGCAUCUUCACCGCCGCGGAUCGUGUCCCGACGUUUCCGCCGUCUCCCGACUCGGUCCUGCUCGAGAUGCAGAGAGAAGAUCAGAAACCUGCGUCACGUCGUCUGCACUUUGAACGGUUCCUGUGGCCGCGGGAAAGAAGGAAAAUACACAAAACCAGCCAAGCAAUAACACAUGCUUCUGUUCCCACUGUGUUUUUUUUUUUUAUUUCCCCUUUUCUCUUCAGCACUUGUGUUUUUGUCUUCGAUUGUUUUUGUGUUUUUGCGCAUCCAAACCCGCUCAAUCUCAACGGACGAAUCUCAAAGCUUUUCCCAAUCAUCAAGUUCGUUUAGUGUUCGUUUGAACCCGGUUGUUUUUUUUCGCGUUUGUUUCGUUAUUUCUGACGUUUGUACUGUAAUCAAACAACUAAUCACACAGUUAAUAUAUUUUCAGGUAUAACUUGUGAUUUCCGACUUUGAAUAUGCAGGAAAAACUUUUGAAUCUCCACACAAUUGUACGGGACGGAACCAUGAGUCGGCUUCACGCCAGUCGCACUGAUGCGGAACAAAUCCACUCUCCACUUGUGCCACACGUGAGAGGAAAAAAAGACACUCUGAACUCUUUUUAACGGGGUGUAGAGACGUGUGUGUGUGUGUGUGUGUGUGUGUGUGUGUGUGUGUGUGUGUGUGUGUGUGUGUGUCAUGAGGGAAUCAAAUCAUUUCAUUCAACAUUUUUUGCAGAUGAAAUCCGGAUGCAUCUCAACCAUUUCACUUCUCUGUGUGUGUGUGUGUGUGUGUGUGUGUGUGUGUGUGUGUGUGUGUGUGUGUGUGUGUGUGUGUGUGUGUGUGUGUGUGUGUGUGUGUGUGUGUGUGUGUGUGUGUGUGUGUGUGAGACAAAGUCAUCUGAUGAGCAUGUAAUGUUUUGUUCCUGCAUGAAUGGCAGUUCUCUAAAGUGUAUGAUCAUUCACUUAUUAUUAUAAAGAAGGAUUUAUGUCAUCGUUUGCUCGUUUAAUCAGAUUUUGUGUUUUGUAUAAUGACAUUCGAGAGUGAAAAUCAAAUAAAUACUGUAGAUCUGCAAAA